AUGCGAGCCCACCUCGUCGGCCUCGUCCACGCCGUGCUCCUCUCGGGCGCGGCAUCGGAGCUCGCAGGCCACGGAGCGGGCUCCACAUCCCUGGACGGCAGCUACACCACAAGCCUAGCACCAAGCCCAUCUGCAGUAGCGUCAUCGCACACCUCCGCCAGCGCCGAGUCGCACAUCUCGCUCUCGCGACAAGCCCACACGGCGGGUCCCCCCUCCCAGCCACGAGCGGACAUUACGGUCCUUGAUCCGUGGUCUCUAUUCCGCGCAAAGUGCAGGCUAUGGCCGGAAGGCGACAGCUCGACGUCGCUCUCGUCGUCAACAUCAACCUUGGACGGGACAAUCCCCAACGCAACGGCCCACACCAACGCAACAACCCUCCCAGCACCAGACCGCCUCAACGCGACCGACGGUUUACCAGACGGUAUCCUCCCCGACGACCUGCCCGACGGCCUGGAGAGUUUUGAAGAGUGGAAGCGGCGACACGAGGCCGAGGAGGUCAGCAACGCGCCGGCACCGCUCGAGGCUGAGCCCUACCCUUUGCCAGUGGGCGAGAACCGGAGCGACGGCGCCGAGCCGCGCGCCGCGUCUGGCGCGUCAAGCUCCCCCCAAGCCAGCACGGACACUGUGAACACGACGGCGGGGAACAGCGACUCGCCGCCCGCUGGCGGCGCGCCAGAGCCGCCCAAAAAGCCCAAGGGACACCGGUACAACUAUGCGUCGCCAGACUGCUCUGCGCGUGUGCUCGCGUCGUCGCCGCAGACGCAGCACGCGUCCAGCCUGUUGCACAAGUCCCGCGACCGAUACAUGCUCACGCCUUGCCGCGCCGACGAGCACUAUGUGGUGGUGGAGCUGUGCGACGAGAUCCGCGUGGAAGCCGUCGAGCUGGCCGUGUGGGAGUUCUUCUCGGGCGUCGUGCGCGGCGUGCAGGUCAAGGUCGCCGACGACGCCACGGGUCCGUGGACCCAAGUGGGCGAUUUCGUCGGCAAGAACGUCCGCAGCGUGCAGAUCUUCGACCUGCCCGAGCCCACGUCGUUCCACCGCUUCCUCCGCCUCGACUUUUCGUCCCACUACGGAACGGAAUACUACUGCCCCGUCUCCCAGCUUAAAGUAUACGGCAUGAACCAGAUGGAGGCGUUCAAGAUGGAGCAGCGGCGGUUCGCCGAGGCGUCUGGUGCCAAGGACCGCGAGCGCGAGCGGGAGCGGGAGCGGGAGAAGGACCGCGAAGAGGAACGCCAGCAAGAACUGCAGCGCGAGGCGGCUGUGGCUGCGCACGAGAAGGAUCGCAGGGAGCGCGAAGACGACGAGCAGCGGGAGCGGGAGCUGUGCGAGCUGGAAAAGCUCGUGCAGGAGCAGGCGAUGCGGUCGAGGGAUGAGAUCGCCCUCGAACCCAUUAUUGAAUGUCCUGCGCCGCCGCCUCCUGCACAGUCGGCAUCGACGCGCCAGGCCAGUAACAAUGCCAGCGACGAGGCGACGACCGACACGGCCGAGCUCCCGACCGACCUGCCCAACACCGGCGAGAACGACAUUGGGCCCGCGAUCCCCACCGGCAACGCGAACGGCUCGGCGUCGUCGCCGUACGCCUACGGCUCGGGAUCUCCCCCGCCUGCCAGCGCAUCAUACACGCGCUCCACAGCUCCGCGUGCCGAGUCGUCCGAGUCCAUCUACGCGUUCAUCAUCCGCCGCCUGACCGCACUGGAGGGCAACUCGACGCUCGUCGCGCGGUACAUUGACGAACAGGCCAAGGCGAUCCGGACGGCCCUGUCUCGCGCCGAGUCGCGCUGGGAGGCCUCGCGCGCCGCCGCGGCUCAAGACGACGUGCGUCGAUGGGAGUCGGAGCGUAUGCACCAGGAAGACCGGCUCGGACGCGUGCUCACCCAGAUGGAGGCGAUGCGGCACUCGAUGGAGUCGGAACGCCGCCUGGUGGAAGCCCAGCUGCGCCUGCUGGCCGACGAGCUGUGGUUUGAGCGGAGGCGGAACCUCGCCCAGCUCGUCGUGCUGGUCGUUAUCAUCGCGCUCGGUGUACUGUCCCGCGGCCAGACGAUCGACGCACUCCUCCGCCCACUGGCCGUAUCGGAUACGCGGCGCCGCGCCACUGCGCGCGAGCGGGCCUACAACAGCAAGCACCAAAAGCGUCUCUCUACCGGCCCGCUCGCCGGUCUCGUCAUUGACGUCCCACCUCCCUUGUCGCCCGACUCGAGCCGCAUAUCGACCCCCACCGUCGCGCUCCCGCGCGACCUCGACUCGCCCCGGUCCCCGACCCACGGCCACCGCGUCACCAUUGUCGGCGCCAAACCGCCCCGCAGGCCACUGACGCCGCUCUCGCACGCCCACGCCCACGCCCACGCACGACGACGUACACCCGCCUCGCGGUCGUUCAGCGCCGCCGACCCGAGCGUCCUCUCCCUCCCCGGCGAGCUAGACGACGAGCUCACGCCGUCCCGCCGGCCGCCCAGCUCCCUCCCGCGCCGCCGCCUCGCGCGUUCGAGCCACCUACACCCCAUCCGCCGGCGCGGCGGCGACGAGAGCUCCGAGGCCGAGAGCCGCGACCGGCCCAUGGCCGGACCGUCCCUCCUCCCGGGCCUUGGAUUCACGCCGCCAGCCGCCAUGGCCCGCGCGCUGCCCGCGUCGCCGUCGCCGCGCGUAGUCGCGGCCCUGCGCGACGGCCGGCUAGCGGUGCCCGACGACGACAGCCAGUGGACCGAGGACGGCAGCGCCGACGGCAUGAGCGUCGACUCUGUCGACUCGGCGGGCGACACCGAGGGCGACGGCAGCGCGAGCGAGGUCGACGACAGCGUGCAGCAGCGCCGCGCCGGCGGCAUGUCCAUGCCCAUGCCCGUGCCCGUGCCCGUGCCCAUGCGCGCCAGGGGCGUGGACUUGAAUGCGAGCACGAGCACAAUCACGGAGAGUACCUUCUCGACGACGCCGACGGCCGCCAUGGUCGGCAGUGCGCAUGUGCGGUUCGUGCGUGAACGCGAACGUGAGCACGGGCGCGACGACAGCCUCGACGUCAAGCCGGUAGUGGCGGUCAAGGUGGAUACCGGGGACCGCUUGCGCAACGACGGCGACGACGGCGACGGCGACCUUCCCGCGCCGCCGUACGCGGCUACCGGCGGCAACCACGGCGCCAGCUCGAGUCCCGCAAAGAAGAGCCCUGGAGGCAACAACGGAUACCCCAACUAG